AAACCCGACCUGCAUUGGCUCUGUUUCUGGCUCACACCUCUCUCUCACACACACAAGUCGCACCUUUGUUUAUUUAACCGCCCUUCCCACCCCAUCCCAACCUCCCACCCGUUCAUCUGAAGGUGCUCUAGAAACAAAACACGAGCGACAGAAGAAAAAAAAAAACCGAGUCUGCGAGGCUUUGCUCGUCUGCUUUUCUCACUGCUUACUCUACCUUCCUUGGUAACUCCUCUUCAUCGGCCGCCGUUAUCUUUAUCCAUCUCAAGACUCCUUCGAUCCGUCGUCGCCUGUCGCCUGUCGCAAGCGCAGUAAUAACAACGGCAACAACACCACCGCUAACACCGGUGCAUCUUGACGCAUCUUGUCGCAACGUUUCCACACAGCAAUCAAUAGCUCCUUGCCCGGCCGUUCAGGCUUCCGACCGCCCGCCAUGUUGUUCGCCGUCAUGUUCGCGGCGACGCGAUUCCUCCAAAUCGUCACCUUGAUCCCCACCAUGGGCAUGCUUGCCUGGUUCGUCGAUGGCUUCGUAAAGCGCAACGUAAUUGUUCCCGACUCCAUCCUUGUCCUCUUCAUCGUCUCCGUCCUCGCCCUCGCCUGGGCCAUCUUCACCCUCUUCAGCUACCACCGCAGCAGCACAAAUGCGCUCUUCGUCGCAGUCAUUGACCUUGGUUUUGUUGGUGCCUUCAUUGCCGCCGUCUGGUACCUUCGCGGCAUCAACUACGUCGACUGUACGAAUCUAUCUCGCGACGGCCGCUGGUCUGCAAACUUCCCCGGCCUCGUCACCAUCUCUGGGCCCCGCUUCAACCUCUUCACCGAUAAGCCCUGUGCCAUGCUCAAGGCAUCCUGGGUCUUUGGCAUCAUAAACACCAUUCUCUUCUUCUUCACCGCUGUUCUGGCCUGGAUGCACGGUGACCGCCUGUCCUCCAGCUACGAGCGCAAGUCCUACCACCACGGCCGUCACCGCCGCCACCGCUCCCACAGCCACCGCUCCCACAGUCGUCGCAGCUCCCACUCUCACCGUCGCGUCUACGUUUAAGACCUAUUCGAUCGAGAUUUACGACAAUCGCGCUGCAUUUAUUACUUUUCGGAGAGAGGGAAAUUUGAUGACUUGUACAAGAACGAGAUUAACAAGAAGACAAGAUGAUAUACCACGAUAUGAUAUGAUAGGAUGUGGAGAGCUUGGGACCGGUGCUCAGGGAUGGUUCAUGUAAUUCCAGGGACCCGGCGCAUGUAGUGGACGGCAUACCCGUUCAUGAUGACGAAUCUAAUGACAUUGAUUCACGACAUCUUCUUUCUGCCGUGC